UUAUUGUGAUUUAGUUUAAACACCUUCUAACACGUGCUUAAGAACAACAUAACUUAUAAACUCCACUACACGAACAAGAUAUGACCAGCCCGUUCGUCGAACAGGCCCAAACACUAGUUCUUUAAUAAAGAAUGACCAAGACUAAUCAUGGUAAUUAACUAAUUAAUCAUAGUAUUGCUGAUCUAAAAUGACAAGUGGUUGUAUUAAAAGUUUUUGAGUAUGAUUACCCUUUUUUGUUUCGAUUUUAAGCCAAUUUCUCUGCCUAAAAAGUAAAAAUUUACCCAGUUGUAGAAUUAUUUCUGGUAAAAAUUGGUUACUAGUGUUUGGGAAGUAAUCCAUAGAUUGAUUAGAAUGGAGAAACAAAUUAUAGAGACUGUGAAGCACCUAUGGGAAACAUGGGAUAUACGCAUCUUCAUGCUCACUAGUCUGUUUAUACAGUCCCUACUUGCAUUUCUUGCUCCCCUCCGAAAAAGCUGUGCAAGCGGCCUUUUCGGGUUUCUAAUGUGGUUGCUAUAUCUGUCUGCUGAUGCAGUUGCCCUUUUCAGCAUUGGGCUCAUCUCUAGUAGUGAACCUGAUACUCCAAGCCGAGGUGGUGCUGGAAUGAAUUGGGAACUGUUUGUGUUUUGGGCACCUUUUCUUCUGUUGCACCUUGGUGGACCAGAUACUAUCACUGCAUUGUCUCUUGAGGAUAACCAGUUGUGGCAUCGCCAUGCUCUUCAGCUCGUUACACAGGUGAUCGUCACCAUUUAUGUGUUUUCAGUGUCUGUUCGUAGACACAAUAAUGGUCUUUGGUUUCCUACAGUUCUGAUAUUUGUGGACGGAUUGAUCAAGUAUACUGAGCGAACGUGUGCUCUGUAUUCUGCGAGUACAGAAGUUAUCAGAGACUCUCUUCGGGAGCCUGUUCCGCCCAACUAUGAAAAGAUGGUUGAUGAGUAUUAUUCUGCUGAAAAUGCUCAUAUUCCAACUAUUUUUAAGGUGAAAUAUGGUCCUUCAGAAGGCAGCUCAAAGUCAACACCACGAAGAGAUCUUGUUGAGAACAAGGAUGAAUCAGGUUACAAUGGUGAGUGGAAUAAAGUCAAGGAUAGGGAUGAUAUGAUUGAAUAUGCAUUUUACUUCUACGAAAAGUACAAAGGCCUACUUGCAGAUGCUUUUUUGAGUUUAAAAGAUGAUGGGGAAAUUCGUGAAUAUUUCCUCAGUAAACCUGCUGAAGAAGCAUUCAGGAUCCUAGAGAUUGAGCUCAACCUCAUCUAUGAUGUCUUACAUACAAAGGUGUAUUUAACAUAUAAGAGACGAGGAUGUCUUCGCAUUGUUUCCACCUCCUCAAUCAUAGGAGCCUUAUUGUUCUUUAUUCUCAAGGAUAAGAGCAAUUAUAAAGGUAUUGAUGUUGGAAUAACAUUUGCCUUACUUGUUGGAGCCAUUGUCCUAGAUGUAGCCGCAAUUGUUAUGCUUGUACGUUCAGAUUGGUGGAUUAUUGUGGUCUCCCAGCAAGGCAUGCCAAAGCUUUUCAAAUUUAUUUGCUCGCAAAUUCUUAGGUGGUCACGAUGGCUAAGAAACCCAUAUCGUAUCAGGUCAUCAAAAUCUAUUGCAUACUACAACUUGCUAAGACAUUGCUUUAGGCCUCCCGCGGCAUGGUUCAGUUUCAUUUUUAUAAAACAGAUAAAGGAUUUUUUUAUCAACGGGCUAUAUGUGAAGUCAUUGUCACGCAAUGAAAUCACUCUCAAGUUCAUUAUCAAUGAAUUGCAAGGGAAAGCCAACCUAGGCACUGAUAAAGAAACUAUCGAGGAAAUAUGUUCAGCCAGGGGUAAUUUGGUUUUGGAAGAUGACUAUCUACUUGUUUCCGAGUAUUUGCUUCCUUGGACGGUUGAUAUAGAUUAUGAUGAAAGUUUGCUUAUUUGGCAUCUUGCUACUGAUAUUUGCUAUUGGUCAACUUGUAAGAAUACAAGAGAAACAAUUAUGCAUUGUAAAGUCUGUAAGGAACUCUCUGACUAUAUGGCGUAUCUUUUACUUAGACAACAAGCAUUACUAUCACAACUUGUGGGUAAAUCAGAUGUUAGGUUUGAACACACAAUCGUGGACCUUCAAGAAGCAGUUAAGAGUUAUACAAAUAAGAAAGAGACAGUAGAAAACUUGAGCCAAGAGUUUUCUGGUCAUGUUGUUAAAAGUGGAAUAGAAGAAAUUUCAGCUUUAAUAGCAAAAGCAAAAGAUAGUCAAUCUGUAUUUCACGAAGCGUGCCGGUUGGCUAAGCAACUAAGCAUGAUGGGAGAUAUGCAAUGGGAGAUAAUGAGCAAAGUUUGGGUAGAAAUGUUGUCGUAUGCAGCGAUACACAGCUCAGCAAGAUCCCACUUGGCUCAGCUCAGCAAGGGUGGGGAACUCAUUACAUUUGUGUGGCUACUCAUGGUUCAUCUUGGUUUCCGGGAACCACUCCAACCAAGUCGUGGUCUCCGCUCUACUAAACUCAUUAUUCACAAAUAACAUGUAUCACUUCUUUUUCGGCAUUUCUUUGAUGAUCUAAUUUCUGUAAUGUACGAUCAAAGUUUGAAUAAUUAUCUCAUCAUGUGUAUGCUUGCUUGGGCUUUAUUGGUCUACAACGAUAUAUCAUUUCUUUUUAGAC